GUCAGACGGGUGAUGGACUGCUGCUGGAGGCGGGCGACGUGCUGUGUGUGACGUGGCGCGGGGGGGCGGGAGGUCUUGUUUGUGUUUUGGUUCGAAGGGGAAGUUGCGAGAGGAAAGAAAAAGGAGGAGACGUGACGGGUCAAGGUCCUGAUAGUGAGGUUCGGCACACAGGACAUUGGGAGAUCUGACUAGGUCAUGGCCAAUCGGGGAGGAGCUACGAGACCCAAUGGACCCAAUGCAGGGAACAAGAUCUGUCAGUUUAAGCUGGUGCUAUUGGGGGAGUCAGCUGUUGGAAAGUCCAGCUUAGUACUUCGCUUCGUCAAGGGCCAGUUCCAUGAAUUCCAGGAGAGCACAAUAGGAGCUGCCUUCCUCACCCAAACAGUGUGUCUAGAUGACACAACCGUGAAGUUUGAGAUCUGGGACACUGCAGGUCAGGAGCGUUACCACAGUCUGGCACCCAUGUAUUACAGAGGAGCACAGGCCGCCAUCGUGGUCUACGACAUCACAAACGAGGAGUCCUUUGCGCGGGCAAAGAACUGGGUGAAGGAGCUGCAGAGACAAGCUAGCCCUAAUAUCGUCAUCGCUCUGUCAGGCAACAAAGCCGACCUAGCCAGCAAGCGAGCUGUUGAUUUCCAGGAUGCCCAGUCCUACGCAGAUGACAACAGCUUACUUUUCAUGGAGACAUCGGCUAAGACAUCUAUGAAUGUGAAUGAGAUAUUUAUGGCUAUUGCAAAGAGAUUGCCGAAGAGCGAGCCUCAGGCCGCAGGAGCCAACAGUGGACGCAGCAGGGGAGUGGACCUGACAGAAGCUGCCCAGCCAGCCAAAGCUCCGUGCUGCAGUAACUAACGCGAUGAACGCCUUCCCUCAAACCAACCAACGUGUAUAGCAGUAGCUAAUGCGACUGAUGCCCUGACUGCCACUGCAGUUACUAAUGCAAUGUGUUGUACUCUUAUCUUCAAGUCUCUGAUCGGUAAAAACAAGAAAAGAUGCCCUGGGCCCAACUUUCAAUUUUCAGUCGUGAAGUCAAUGCCAUUCCUACAUUGUAGUUCUGCUGCUACCUGGUGAAGUCUCCUAACCAUUCAUUCUUACUUUCUGUCAUCUAGCUUGUUGCAUCUAUCUAUCUGUUUUUACUGAAAGAUUAAUGACAGGAGCUAUUAGAGAAUAUUUGUGUGCUCUGCCUUCUGUCAUCUUCCUUCCAACUUGUAGAUACGUGUUUCAUUUAAGGGAAGUGGUCACUUCCCCUUUCUGGGAUAGCUUAAGACUUCAGCACGGAAUGUCAAAAUCAUGUAUGCACAUAUCUGAAUACUUACAUGGCCUAAAACAGAAAAACAAAUCAUUUAUGUGCUACUCUGCAGCAGCAGCGAAAAAAAGGCUAUUGGAAAAGAGGAGUGUGCUAUGAAUGCCAGGAGGAGGACAAGUAGAGGGUGGAGACGGAGAGAGAAGAAUCUGAAAGCGACAUAUGUCUCUCUUGUCACCAGGACCCUUUUAUCUGAAAAGUUAAAAACAGCUUUUAGAUUUUCUAUUAUCGAAUUCCCCUCUGCCUGUUCACUGCUACCUAUGUCCUUUCCCCACUUGACCCAAAGUAGCACUAGCCGUAACGUCUCUUCCAACACCCCCUUGGGCCCUAUUCUGGGGCCAUGCCUGCUCGUAGCUGUCCCUAGUGGCAUCGUGCAAUGUUUCACAGUAUUGUCUGUGAUUUUUAAGUGUCUGCAAGGACCACUGCAGAACAGCAACCCCCUCCCUACUCCACAUCGAGGCGCAGGGGCCUCUGAGGAACUCAUCCUGCCACCGCCUCUUCACCUCCUCAUGCAGUGUCCUUUCUUAAAUCUUGUGUAAGACCACCCCUUCGUGGUUAUUCUGGGGUCUCUUGGGGUUUCUGCCUUUGGAUGAUUUAGUUAAAUCAGAUGACCUUUUCUGUUGUGUUAAUGUUGCUGGACCGCUGCUGGGUUUGCACAUGGUAAAAAAAACAAAAAAAACAACAAAGGUGAUGUUCGAAGUAGAGUGUGAUAUGUGAGGUUGCUUCAUAAUCACCUUUUGAAUUAUAAUUACUUGUCAUCUCUUGAUUAGGAAGUGCUUUUAGACGUUGUGUACAAACAGGGCCUGGCUGGCUGGUGACAGGUUUCAUCCACAAACUUACUCACACGUGCCCGUUUAUGUGUGUAGGUUUGAACACAUUUAAACAUAAACACACACAUUUUAGCUCUGAACCCUGUCAGACCUGAACAUCAUUGUACAUAAACACAAACACAAAGUCUGUUACACCACUCCCUCACCUAUGUUGACCACAUAUUUGUGUUUUCUUUUUGUCCCACCCCCCUAUUUACAUUACAUAUACACCUACAGACACACGCAAACACACACAUUCAUACAGUACAUGUGGUUAAUAACUCUUUUUACAGGUCUGUCUUACUCAUGCCUUGCACUAAUGAUGCUCAUGAAUAUAUCUUGUCAUAAUUGCAGCCAGUGUGAUAUAUAUAAAUAUAAAUAAAUAUAAAUAUAUAAAUAAUAUACUGUAAAUAGGGUGUUGCAGUGUAGUCUACCUUUUUUCGAUUUAGCAGUGACAGGACUAAUGCUUGCUAGGGAGCUAUCUAGAUAAUCAUUUAAAAAAAACUGUACAGUUAUCGGAGAGAAAAAAAACAGCUUUGGAGUUUUGUUGCUGUUCCUUUUUCACAAAUAAAUUAUAAUCAGUGGUGGUCUUUAUAAUUGUAUGUAGUAUUAUAAACAAAAAUAAUUAAAUUGCAUUUAUUUAGUCAUCUGUCUUGUACCUUUUUCUCAAAAGAAAAACAAAAUCCAAAUAUUUUGGUUUCUAUUUUUUAACACUAUUAUUAGAUGUCACUAAUUCUUCUUUUAGUGGUAUCAGGCUAAGGUUCCUUGUCCAGUGAGUAGACCUGAGCCUCCAGAGACAGACACUGGUUGUGAAAGCUCCAGAAGAGUUGGACACAAACAAAACACAAGUCCGAUUAACCAACCGUCAGCCCGUCGAUAAAAUCUCGGUAAUGUUGUGACCAUAUUGUAGCAAACAUUGUAACUACUAUCAGCUGGGACAAUGGUGAGUCGGUGAAUAAAUGCAUUAACACAUGCCGGGGGAUGUAACUCGUCGAACGCCUAAUUGCAACCGAAAAGUUUAAAAAAUGCAAGCAUUUUACAGUACUGCUAUGUAAUGACCAAAUAAAUACUGAAAUAAAUUUGAUCAUUUAUUAUUGUAA